CCGGGAUUCAAAAUCAUUUUAUGCUUAAAGGAACCACUUGACUUUUUUCUUGCGCUGAGAUAUAAAAAAAAUAUUCACAAGCAAAAAAGUAAAGCCUGUGAAGACUAUAACAGAAAACAAGAAAAAGUAUACCCCCUUCCUUCAUUCCUAUUUGGCUUUUGUGUGUGUUUGUUAUAGUUACAAUCACUUAAUGAUGGAUCGCAAAUCAAGAACUUCAAGAUUAGCAACACUUGACGAAACAAAUGAGGAAGUCAACUUGUGGAAACAAAUCUGCAACGCACUUUCUAAACUAGAGAAUAUUCAAAAAGAUACCGGCAUAAUUGUAAGUAAUAUAAACGAAAUACAUAAGCGAGUGAAUCCAGAAGAAGGUAUACCAGCAUCUAUCAAUCAAAAAUUGACAGAAUAUUACCGAGGAGGGAUCGACCUGUCAAAUAACGAAGCAAGAAUCAUCCAUGAUAUCAUUGAGAAAGUGUCAGUGUUGAUCGCCCUAAGAGAUGCGUCAGAAUAUAAUCAUGUUAUCGACCAAAAAAGGAAAAAGAGGAAAUUAGAUCAGGAUGAGAUGAUGAUGAAGAAAGCAAAGACGAAUAUAUUAGCUCCUGGUACAUCAGUGGCUGCUAAACAGCCUCAACAAAAGGAUAAAGAUGAAGUGUGGAUACUGGCUAUCGUCAUUAGCUAUCAUGCUGACAAGAACAAAUACCAAAUAGAAGAUGUGGAUCAGGAUGAGUUUGGUCAAAAACAAAGAUAUAUGCUUCAGCCUAGAAAUGUAAUUGCAAUACCUAAUAUCAAUGAAGCAAGGGAGCACCCUGAAUUAAGCGUAGGACAAGAUGUGUUGGCACUUUAUCCUAGCACGACCUGUUUCUAUAAAGCCAGAAUUGUAGAACCGCCUUCCAAGAAUAAAGACGCUCCAGGAAAUUAUAAGGUACAAUUUGAAGAUGAUAACAACGAAUUUCAAUAUGUGAUGCCAGGUCACGUACUAGAAUUACCCAGGCCUAAACAAUAAAGUGUACAUUCAAAGCAGAAAUAACGCGGAUCAUUUUAAUGUUCUGUAUGCUCAUAAAGUGUAUAACGAGAUUGGCACGUAAGAGAGAGGAGUAUUGUUGUCCUGAAACAUUUGUAAAGAAACAGAUGUUUUAUUGUAAAGGGAAAUAAAGCGCGGCUCGAAAAGCUAUUGGCUACGCUUUUUUAUCUUCUCUUCGACAACUGUCGUUUUCAUUAAGAUAGUGAUAUGGUUCAA